UAAAACCCAGCAGCCGCCAUGUUGUGUGCCCGCGGCCCCGGAGGGACGUCCGGUUGUAAAUAGUAAAUGACGGUACCGCCCGCCGCGCCGCUCACACGAACCGGACCGCAGCUGGAAGCUAUGAGCCGUCCGUCCUCCGCCGGAGCCGGAGGUGGAGGACUCGGGGGCGGCAAAGCGGGCGGAGGAAAGCACGGCGGGCCGGGAGGAGCCACCUCUGCCGCCGCCGCAGCAGCGGCAGCGGCCGCCGGUGUCGGCACCGYAGCCGGGUCCGUCUCCGCCGCCGCCGCCUGCCUGCCCCUGCCCGGGCAGCCCGCCGAGCUGACGGCCCUGUUCGAGUGCCCGGUGUGCUUCGACUACGUGCUGCCGCCCAUCCUGCAGUGCCAGGCGGGUCACCUGGUGUGCAACCCGUGCCGCCAGAAGCUGAGCUGCUGCCCGACCUGCCGCGGCCCGCUCAGCCCCAGCAUCCGGAACCUGGCCAUGGAGAAGGUGGCCUCCGCGCUGCCCUUCCCCUGCAAGUACUCGUCGGCGGGCUGCCUGCUGUCGCUGCACCACACGGAGAAGCCGGACCACGAGGAGGUGUGUGAGUUCAGACCCUACACCUGCCCCUGCCCCGGCGCCUCCUGCAAGUGGCAGGGCUCGCUGGACGCCGUCAUGCCCCACCUGAUGCACGCCCACAAGUCCAUCACCACGCUGCAGGGCGAGGACAUCGUGUUCCUGGCCACGGACAUCAACCUGCCCGGCGCCGUGGACUGGGUCAUGAUGCAGUCCUGCUUCAGCCACCACUUCAUGCUGGUCCUGGAGAAGCAGGAGAAGUACGAGGGCCACCAGCAGUUCUUCGCCGUCGUCCUCCUCAUCGGCACCAGGAAGCAGGCCGAGAACUUCGCCUACCGGCUGGAGCUGAACGGCAGCCGGCGCCGCCUCACCUGGGAGGCCACGCCCCGCUCCAUCCACGACGGCGUGGCGGCGGCCAUCGUCAACAGCGACUGCCUGGUGUUCGACACGUCCAUCGCUCACCUGUUCGCCGACAACGGCAACCUGGGCAUCAACGUCACCAUCUCCAUGUGCUGAGGACCUGGACCYGGUCUGCCCAGACCCGGGUCAGCGGGCCGGCCCAGACCCGGGACAGGUCUGAGGAGGCUGUGGCUCUGGAGAAGCCUUUUCUCAGUGACUUCCUGUGAGCUCAGCUGCAGCCGUUUCACCAGCAGAGUCCUCGUUAAAACCAGAACCUGAAGUUCUGGACCCGGACCUUGGAGUCCAGGUCCUGUCUCUGUACCGGGUCGGUCCAGCAGGCAGGAAGAAGUAAAGAACUGCUUUCAAAGAUGAGCAGGAAGUUGUUGUUUUGUAGAAUCAGAAGGUUAAACAGUUAAUGAGCAGGAGGCCCGGCUGCUCUCUGAGCGGAGAUCAGGUCUGAAAUAUUKGGAUUAAAAAAGGGCUGAAGAAGAAGAAUCGAACUGAUCCUCAUUUUAUUUCUUUGUUUACAGGUAAAAGUUCACUUUAUUUAAAAUCUYUUGUUCCAGAACUUUUAUAAGUUUUUAACUCUUUGAGGAACUAAAUCUUCCAGAAGCUUUACUGCAGAGUGGAAAAACAGAGAAUUCAGAUUAGAAAUAAGAGUUUAGCUUCGGUCGUUUCUUUAUUUUUCUAUCAAGAAGAGUAAAAGUUCCUCAAAYAUCCAGCAGGGGGCACCUUCAGUUAAGUCAGGUAAAGUGGAGCGUCUCGUCUGACAGGAGGGUUGUCGGUUCAGAUCCUGACUCACCUGUUUAAACCCACAGACACCUGGGACUGGACUCACAGUUUAUACAAAAAAAAACAUUUAAAAUAUUUACAUCUAUAAGUUUUUUUUGUCUGAGUUUAAAACAAACUGUUUCAUCCUGAAGUUUAAUUUAUUUAAAGGCUAGGUGUUAGCRUGUUAGCACCAGAACGCUAACGCCUGAUUAAUUUUACUUCUCUUUACGUUAAAAAAACUCAUCAUUAUAAAGUGUUUUAUUAUUUUCUCCAUGAACAGAAGUAUUUUAGCUCAGUUAGCCUGUUAGCCUCUCUGCUGUAACUUUUACAAACCUUUACCUCAUUUUUUAACCUUUGGCCACGUUAAGUUUUAAUGUUUGACUUUCUAACACGGUAUAAAUAAAUAAAUAAAAACGUUUUUAUUGCUCGAUCACAACUGAUUGUAACUUUUGGGAUCAUUUCUACAGAAACACGCAGCAAUAAGAAAUAUUUAUUUGCAGUUUUUACUAAAUGUUUAWAGUUUGUUGAUAAAAUAAACUGUUUUCUACGACUG